AAAAAAUGCAUAAAGAGGCAUUACUUGUUCUUUGUUUUUUAUUUAAUUAUUCUCAUAAAAAAUCAUAGUGCAUAAUUAUUCAUAAAGGCUUCAGGCAUAGUAUUUUUUUGGCAUAGGAAUGACCAGCAUUCUUUCUUCGUUCAUAUCAGUUACAUCUACAGCAGUUGCGACCUCUAAGUGUAUGCGAUGUACAGGCUUGAAGUUCGGCCAUUGCUGCUACGGAAGAAAGCUUGAACGAGUGACCCGCGCUUACCAGAACUGUUGUUCCCAAUAUAUGUUUGGCCAAGGAGAUCAAUUGAUUUCAAUUUUGUGAUUCGGUUAUUUACAAAAUAUUGUGACAAUCUGGCAUCGUGGACUGUAAAGGAAAGGUGGAUGGGGGGAGUGGUUCAUUGCCUUUGAUAGGUGCUGCUCGACUUAAGGAUGAGUCUACAAAUUGUUGCAGUCGGAAAGGUUGUUGGUUGGUUGGAGCAUAAGUGGCAUAGGUCGUUAUAGGUGCGGUCGUAGAGCUUUGUAUGCGUCUGCAGUGAAUUUUGUCAUAUAGGUUGUUUCAAACCCGUCUUUUCUGUUUGUCUUGUUAUUCUUUAACAAACCAUUGUAUCUCUC